AUGAAGCUUGACGGGAUUUUGAAGGGCAUGAAAUUUCAAAAGUACAUGAAAGAACCAUUGGUGUACCAGAAAAACGAAGGAGCAAAUUUAUUAAUAUUAGCAAUUUAUGUUGAUGAUUUAUUUGUCAUGGGUACAAGUUUAAGCAUGAUUAAAAGAUUCAAGAUGGAGAUGUCAAAGAAUUUUGAAAUGUUGGAUCUUGGAAGAUUAACCUACUACCUUGGUAUUGAAGUUAAACAUGAAGAAUCGGGGAUUACUAUAAACCAAGAAGCAUAUGCUCAACGCAUUCUAAAAGAAGCAGGUUUACAUGAUUGCAAUCUGACCCACAUUCUAAUGGAACAUGGAAAUAAAAUUUCGAAGGCCAAAGAUGAACUCGAAAUUGAUGCGACACAAUAUCGAAAGGUGGUAGGAUGCCUUAGAUAUUUCUUACAAACAAGGCCUGAUAUGACAUAUGUGGUUGUAGUUGUUAGCCGAUACAUGCAAAGUCCAAGAGAAUCACAUGACAGUGCAAUCAAACACAUCCUAAGGUACUUACGAGGAACAAAGGGAUACAAAAUCAACUACGAGAGGAUGGGAAAAAACCAACUCAUUGGUUAUAAUGAUAUUAGUCACAAUGUUGAUCUACAUGACGGGAAAAGCACAACCGGUCACACUUUCUAUGACGGGUUAUCUCCAAUAACAUGGUGUUCGCAAAGCAAGAUACUAUUGCUUUAUCAUAUUGUGAGGCGGAGUUCAUGGCGUCCACGACGACCGCAUAUCAAGCGAUAUGGCUUCAAGAUUUGCUAG